UUAAACAAACAGGAGAUCCUGAAACCUGGACCUUGUGCAGGCAGCAGCGUCAGGGGGAGGCGGAGGAGGCAGAGCCCGGGAUGGGCGCCGAGGGGGAUCUGUGAUCCCGCGCACCCCCGCCCCGCGCGCGCGCACACACUCACACACGCACACUCCUCACACACUCGCACCAACACACACUCGUACCCGCCCGCGCCGCGCGAUCGCCGGCUCGCUCUCCCACGCAGGCGGAAUGCAGCAGCGGCCGGGGAGCGAGUCUCUAGCCGCUGCCUGAAUGCACCUCGCUGCCAGGAGCCGGACGGCCCAGUAGGGCGCACGGGAGGACGCUCCGCCACUGGAGCCUGAACAGUUUUAGACGGUGCAGUCUUGCUACAGGUCUGAGAGAUGGCCGUAGGAAACAACACCCAACGAAGUUAUUCCAUCAUUCCGUGUUUCAUAUUUGUUGAGCUUGUCAUCAUGGCUGGAACAGUGCUGCUUGCCUACUACUUCGAAUGCACUGACACUUUUCAGGUGCAUAUCCAAGGAUUCUUCUGUCAGGAUGGAGACUUAAUGAAACCUUACCCAGGGACAGAGGAAGAAAGCUUCAUCACGCCUCUGGUGCUCUAUUGCGUGCUGGCUGCCACCCCAACUGCUAUUAUUUUUAUUGGUGAGAUAUCCAUGUAUUUCAUAAAGUCAACAAGAGAAAACCUGAUUGCCGAGGAGAAAACAAUUUUGACUGGAGAAUGCUGUUACCUGAACCCCUUACUCCGAAGGAUCAUCAGAUUCAUAGGGGUAUUUGCAUUUGGACUUUUUGCUACUGACAUUUUUGUAAACGCUGGACAAGUGGUCACUGGGCACCUAACACCGUACUUCCUGACAGUGUGCAAGCCGAACUACACCAGUUCAGACUGCCGGGCACAUCACCAGUUCAUAAGCAAUGGGGACAUUUGUACUGGGGACCUGGAAGUGAUAGAAAAGGCUCGAAGAUCCUUUCCCUCCAAACAUGCUGCUUUGAGCAUUUACUCCGCCUUAUACGCCACGAUGUACAUCACAAGCACAAUCAAGACCAAGAGCAGUCGACUGGCCAAGCCGGUGCUGUGCCUGGGGACCCUCUGCACAGCCUUCCUGACGGGCCUCAACAGGGUCUCAGAGUACCGGAACCACUGCUCAGAUGUGAUCGCUGGCUUCAUCCUGGGCACUGCAGUGGCUCUGUUCCUGGGCAUGUGUGUGGUUCAUAACUUUAAAGGAACACAUGGAUCUCCUUCCAAACCCAAGCCCGAGGAUCCCCGUGGAGUACCCCUAAUGGCUUUCCCAAGGAUAGAGAGCCCUCUGGAAACCCUAAGUGCACAGAAUCACUCAGCUUCCAUGACCGAAGUCACCUGAGAUAUGAUGUGACAUAGCUGUUUUUACCACCUUCUAAUUCAAUACUUCAAAAUACACAGUUAUUCAAUGUCCAACUGUGAAGACAAGUAUCAUGUUUAUCUAGUUAGAGGCUAAUGUUUUGUACAUUUUUUUUUUUGUAUGGAGAAGUGAUGUAGCUUGCCCUGAUUAGUUUUUUUUUUUUGUCAGCUUUAAUAUAUUUAUGCCAGAAUUUUAAAACCAACAAAAUUUUCUUCUUGUUCAAGUGUGCAUUGAAAAAUCACAUUUAUUCAAUGGUUGAUGUUAUUUUGUGAUAUUUGUACACAAAUCUUCUUUUCUCAAUUUUAUAGACACAAAUACAGUUAAUGUAACAAUUUACUUUAAACUUUUAUUACCACAGUUGCUGCCUCCUCCAGAAUUUCUGAAUUUUAAUGAAAGUUAAAUUUUUGAGUUGCAGGAAGGACAAUGUUGGUUAAUGGUAAAUCUCAAAAUCAAUUGUGGAAAAAAACAUUCAAAGAGAACUUUGUGUUCUGAUCUGUUACCAGUUUAUUGUAUUAAGUUUAAGUGAUAUAUUGGUGAAGUUGCCUAAUUAUACAAUUGGCAGAAAAUCCUAGAUAUGGGGGGUGUUUAGGUUGUAUGACUCUUUCAUAGAUAAUGGCCUUGCCCACCUAAGAAACUGAAGAUCUGUAUGGAAUUACGUUCUUGGGCAGGCAGGUGACACUGUAGCCUUCUUUCCAAAAAUCAGCCAGCAGCAGCCUUCCCUGUCAACUCAACAGUUUUGUAUAUCAUAUUGUAUGAACUUUAUAUGAAAAUGAUAUUUUACAGUUUGCACAGUAUUAUUUUACAGAAAGGGUAUCAGAGCAUCUACAACACAGAGUUCCAGAGCAACAGCUUCACUCUGGCUUUUAACUGCUCUAGGAUCUUAACUGCAUUCCAUUUUUCUAGCAUGGUGAUGACUAAUGUGUAACACCUCCUUGAAGAAAAGGAGCUCCUUGUCUUUACCUAUCAGAAUGUUUUCUUACACUUCCAUGUUGGCCCUUCUUAGCUUUUUUUGUACAUAUUUUUUUUCUAAAGAGAAGAAAAAAAAGUUAUCACAAAAAGUA